GCCGUUCUCGGCGGCGCGUGAAGAAAUUUGAAGUGGCGCUCUUUUCAUUGGUUACGUGGUGGCUGGUAAGACCUUCGUCAAAAUAGGCACAGGAGGCUCCCAAGACCUCGCCAGUCUCCGAUCUUGCACUCGAUCCAAAUCUACUUCGGUGAUCUCAAUCCUGAAUUUAUCACCCGAUACUGCUGCUGAAUAAUGGAUUUAAGCACACUAGACCGUGGGCAGAUCACUGUACUUGGAUCUGCGUUUUGUGUAAUGCUUACCAUGCAUUUCACGGUUCAGCUCCUCUCGCAGCAUCUCUUUUAUUGGAAGAACCCCAAGGAACAGAAGGCCAUAAUCAUUAUCAUUCUUAUGGCGCCCAUAUAUGCGGCUGACUCUUUUAUUGGCUUGUUGGAUAUACAAGGAAGCAAAGCGUUUUUCAUGUUCUUGGAUGCGGUUAAGGAAUGUUAUGAAGCUCUGGUGAUUGCCAAGUUCAUGGCUCUGAUGUACAGUUACUUGAACAUUUCCAUUAGCAAAAACAUUGUACCUGAUGGGAUCAAGGGAAGGGAAAUUCACCAUUCCUUCCCAAUGACACUUUUCCAGCCUCACACAGUUCGGUUGGACCAUCAUGUACUUAAGCUCCUCAAAUACUGGACAUGGCAAUUUGUUGUCAUCCGUCCUACGUGUUCCAUUUUAAUGAUUACGCUUCAGGUUCUUGGGAUGUACCCCAGUUGGUUAAGUUGGACAUUCACCAUCAUUCUCAACAUUUCAGUUUCGCUGGCCUUGUAUUCCCUGGUGGUUUUCUAUCACGUGUUUGAUAAGGAGCUGGCACCGCACAAGCCUCUUGCGAAAUUCAUGUGCAUCAAGGGCAUUGUCUUCUUCUGCUUUUGGCAGGGAGUGGUGCUUGAAAUACUAGCUGCAGUUGGAAUCCUUAAAUCACAUCAUUUCUGGCUGGAUGUAGAGCACAUUGAAGAAGCUAUACAGAAUGUCUUGGUUUGUAUGGAGAUGGUUGUGUUCUCCGUACUCCAGCAGUAUGCGUACCAUGUUGCACCUUACAGCGGGGAGGCUGAAUCCAAGAUGAAGCUAAAGAAGUAUGACUGAUGUGAAUGGACCCUAAAUCUCAUAAGACAUCAUACAUGUACAUUGUACUCACUUGGGAAAUAAUUUCAAAGGUAUUUUCUGGAUGCACAGAGAGAUAGGUGCAGCGUUUGUCAGUGGUUAAUGUUCUUUCUACAUUCCUUUGCUCUUUUCAGUACUUUUAUUUUGGACUUUUAGUUCUUGAUGUACAGAGAUAGACAUAAAUGCAUUAGUGAUUGCUCAAA